AUGCCUGAUGCUAAGGUCGCAUGCCGUCAACUUGGCUUUACUAAAGCUGUAGGAAUUUGGUACUAUGGACGAGGGACGGUGGCUAAACCGGUAAUUCGCCAAUGGGGAACUGUCUGUGAUGGCAGUUGGAGCUCAGAUGAUCUGAAUACUGCUAAGGUUGUAUGUAGACAACUGGGUUUUACCAAAACUGUUGGAUAUUCCUACCGCGGACGAGGGACGGAUUUGACAUUGCACGAGAACGUCCAGGGUCAAUGGGGAACAGUUUGUGGUGACUGGAGUGACUGGGAUAUGGAUGAUGCCAAGGUUGCAUGUCGACAACUUGGUUUUACCAAAACCGUAGGAUUUUGGUGGGGUGGACGAGGGACGGGGAAUAGCAAGAUUUUGCUAGGAAUACGUCGUGCAUUGUGCAUCAGGAAAAGAAAUCAACGGUACAAUGUCAAACAGGAAAGGGUAACAGUGUGUAACCGGGGUGCCUGGGAUAUGCCAGAUGCCAAGGUCGCCUGCCGUCAACUUGGUUUUACCAAAACUGUAGGAUAUUGGUACUGGGGACGAGGAACGGGAAAAGUAUGGCUAUACUACAUGCGAUGUACAGGCUCAGAGGCCUCACUUGGAAGCUGUACUCACAAUGGAUGGGGAAGUGUCUCAUCUAGCUGCAACAGUCACACAUAUGAUGUUGGUGUGUCACUAUUCAUUGACUUACAAAGUAUUGUUAACACAUAUUUCUGGGUUAUGAAUGAUGCCACGGGCAUAGUCUGCGAUGUUGACUGGAUCUCAGAUGAUAGGACUGAUAAGCUUCAAUACAUAGAUUUAACAUUUAACGGCAAUAUCAUACAAGUCUACCACAGUGGCCUAUGGGGAACAGUGUGUCACAGAAACUGGAACUGGGAAAUAAAUGAUGCCAAGGUUGCGUGUCGACAACUUGGUUUUAUCAAAGCUGUUGGAUAUUGGUAUUGGGGACGAGGAACAGGCAGUAUUGUACGAGUGUAUCACAGUGGUCAGUGGGGAACAGUAUGUGAUUACUAUAAUGGUUACUGGGACAUGAAUGAUGCCAAGGUUGCUUGUCGACAACUUGGUUUUACCAAAACUGUUGGAUAUUGGUACCUUGGACGAGGGACGGAUUCAGGCUUGGGCAGCAUUAUACAAGUCUACCAUAGUGGCCAAUGGGGAACAGUGUGCGAUUAUAAUUUGUACUGGGAUAUGAGAGAUGCGAAGGUUGCAUGUCGACAACUCGGUUAUACUAAAGCUGUGGGAUAUUGGCAACUUGGACGAGGGACGGGUAAAGUAUGGCUGUGGAAGAUGGGGUGUUCAGGGACAGAAACCUCACUUGGAAGCUGUACUCACAAUAGAUGGGGAAAUAGGCUCAGAGUCCUCACUUGGGAGCUGUACUCACAUGGAUGGGGAACGGUCUGUAUUAAUGACUGGGAUAUCCGAGAUGCAAAGGUUGCYUGUCGACAACUUGGUUUUACCAAACCAGUAGGAUAUUGGUGGUAUGGACACGGAAAUGGUAAAGUGUGGUUGGACAGGAUGCAGUGUUCAGGCUCAGAGACAUUGCUUGAAAGUUGUAGUCACAAUGGAUGGGGGAACGUUAACUGGGACUGUCCUACUCACAGAUAUGAUGUUGGUGUGGACCCCUUCCAUUUAUACACUGCUAUGCGGAUGAUGUAUGUUUUAUUCUGUCCCAAUGGAGAAACUGGUCAAGAUGAAGCUGUUGGAGCCGUACAAAGAUGUAUAGAUGAUGUCAGAGCAUGGAUGACUACUGGUAAACUACUUCUUAACGAUGACAAAACUGAGUGUAUAGUGAUUGGCACUAAAUAG